GCGUCGAUGGCCAGUUGGUGUCAUUCCAUUGCGUUUCGUUUACGCCUUUGGCAGACUGUAGGCUAUUAAAAUGUUAAGAUUACACAUUUUUUGAGAAACAAACUCGGUUUAGUUUGUUUUGGAAGCUUAUUUAAAACGCUACAUCUGUGAGUUACGUAAUGAAAGUUUAACCAAACGCGCUGAAGUAUUUGUAAAAAUGUAAAGCGCUACAGAAUGGAACGCGUCCAGAGAAGAUUUAGCCGCUCUUGUUCUUCUCACAACACAAGGAGGGAAAAGUAGCCAAAAGGGUCAGGAUACGGUUGUACGAGGAGGAAAACAAGGCGUCUGACGAGGCAGGAAGGAGGUGUUUAAGCUAAACAGGCUAAACUUCGUUGUUUACGUGACUGGUGGUACGUCUCGCGGCUUCCGCAGGCUCCCCCGGACACCAUGGUUCUAGCUAGGACCAGUUAGGAGUCGUUUCUGGUGAUGAGCAGCGUUGUCUUCUGAAGUAACCCCGUAGUUCUAUCGUGUGAAACCAACACUUCCUCCAGAAGACCAUGGGGCAUCCUCCUCUCGAGUUCAGCGACUGCUACAAGGACAGUCCCGACUUCAGAGAAACCCUCAAGUGUUAUGAGCUGGAGCUGGAGAGGACGAACAAGUUCCUGAAGGAGCUGAUCAAAGAUGGCAACAGCGUGAUCGCUGCGAUCAAGGGCUAUUCUCUGGCUGUGCAGAAGUUUUCCCAAACUCUCAGCACGUUCCAGUUUGACUUCAUUGGCGACUCACUUACGGAUGAUGAGAUCAACAUCGCUGAGUCAUUCCAGGAGUUCGCCGGACUCUUACAGGAAGUGGAGCACGACAGGAUGAUGAUGAUUCAAAAUGCCACCACUCUGCUCAUCAAGCCCCUGGAGAAGUUCAGGAAGGAGCAGAUAGGAGCAACAAAGGAGAAGAAGAAGAAGUUUGAGAAGGAGGGUGAAAAGUAUUACUCCCUCCUGGAUAAACACUUGAAUCUCUCUGCCAAGAAGAAGGAGAGUCAACUUCAAGAGGCCGAUGACCUCCUGGACAAAGAGCGGGUGAACUUCUACGACUCCUCGGUGGAGUACGUUUACCAGAUCCACCAGGUUCAGGACAGGAAGAAGUUUGAUGUUGUGGAGCCGGUGCUGGCAUUUCUUCACAGCAUUUUCACUAUCAACAGCCUGGUGGUGGAGACAACUCAGGACUUCAUGCCAUACAAACAGGAGCUGCAGCUCAGCCUGCAGAACACAAGGAACCACUAUGAGAGCACUUGUGAGGAGCUGGAGGAGUUGAUGAUGAGGAUGAAAGAACCCUCCCAGAUUUGUAAAAUACAAAACUUUCUGCCCAUGGAGGGCUUCUUAUACAUCCAGGAGAAGAGGGCUUUGGGUGUGUCGUGGGUGAAACAUUAUUGUAAGUAUCAUAAGGAGGGGAAACAGCUGACGAUGGUGUCCUGUGAACAGAAGCCCAACACUAAACAGGCUCCCACACUGCUCACCCUGAAAUCCUGCAUCCGCCGGAGGACCGAGUCCAUAGACAAGCGCUUCUGCUUCGACGUGGAAACCGCGGAGAGAAACGCGCCCGUCACUUUCCAGGCCCUUUCAGAGGGGGACAGGAAGUUGUGGAUGGAGGCCAUGGAUGGAAAGGAGCCCAUUUAUCACUCCCCGAUCCACAAGCAGGCUGAGAUGGAGCUGAAUGAAACCGGGUUCAAGUUUGUGAAAAAGUGCAUCAACUACAUCGAGGAUAAAGCGAUCACACAAGAGGGAGUGUACCGAACGGUUGGCAGCAACAUCCAAGUGCAGAAGCUCAUAAACACCUUCUUUGAUCCAACAAAUCCAGGAAACGUGGAUUUCAACAGCAGCGACAUCGAUGAUAAAACCAUCACAAGCGCCUUGAAGUUUUAUCUAAGGAGUUUAUCUGAACCGCUGAUGACCUACGAUCUGCAUAGAGACCUCAUGUGUGCAGCAAAAUCAGAUAAUCUGGACUUUCGACUGAGUGAAAUUCAUUCUCUUAUCUACAAACUACCAGAGAAGAAUCGGGAAAUGCUGGAGAUUCUCAUUACACACUUAGUUUACGUGUGCAGCUGCAGUGAUGAAAACCGCAUGACUCCUUCAAACAUGGCCGUAAUCUUCGGACCCACGCUAAUGAGAGCGAAGGAGGAGACGGUGGCCGCCAUGCUCGAUAUCAAGUUCCAAAACAUCGUGGUGGAGAUUCUGAUCGAGGACUAUGAAAAGACCCUCAGCUCCAGUCCGGAGGACUCCACCGCCCCACCCGUACUACCGCCGCGGGUCACCCCGAGGAAGCGCCAGCCCAUAACGAUCUCCAAGCGGCCCGCUCGUGUUCAUCAGACUUUAAGUCCUGACCACUUCCAGCACACAGAGAAUGGACAGGAUCACACCUCCAUUGUGGAUGGGGACGUCUCUGCAAGCCCCAAACACCUAAAGCCAACAAAACCCCCGAGCGGUGCUUCGCUCCUUCCAAGAGAACCUCCUCUCAGGCAAGGGUUUAUUCCCAGACCUGCGAACUGUCAAGAAGUCGAGAGGACAAGUGAUACACGGCAAAAGCCAGAUUCCUCCCUGGCAGCGAACGGCGAGCCUGGGAUCUGUGUGAGCAGGGUUGGAUCGUUUCAGAGCCGAAAACCUCCUCCAAAGGGCACGACCGCCAACCGAGAAGGGAAUUCUGACAGUCCGAUCAGAACAAAGGCAGCAGAGAAACACCCAAUUUGCCGACCUCCGAUCAGGCCUCCAGAACCUCCCUCCAGGUUCCCCACACCGCAAAAGCCCCCUGGUUUAGUGAUCAGUGAGGGCACGCCCACAUCUUACGUUGCUUCUAGGACCAAGUUUUUUGAAAAUGCCUCCAGACGAGUUGGCAGUCCACAACUUUCUCCACUUUCAUCAGGACCGACAAAUGUGAAAAAAGAGAACUGAAAAUAAAGUUUUACAGUCAACAACGUCGUGACCUUGACAUGCUGCUCGUUAAAGGAGUCGCCACUGAUUCUCUCAGAGAUCAGCAGAGGAACCGGUUCCUAAGUAGAACCCAGUGAGUUGGAGAGCAGCGGUAUGUUAAUAGUUAUUCUGCACCCGUUGAGUUAAAACAACAUUAUUGUUGAAUUUAACAAAUUUUAAUUACUCUUGGCCCAUGUUUUAGUUUCCUUUAUAAGAUUAACAGCUGUGCUGGUUUUUACCAGUUAUAACUACUUAUAGCCAGUUAUAACUGUUAUAACCAGUUAUAAUUGGCUAUACUUGGUUAAUCAGGUUAUAACCAGUUAUAACUGGUUAUAACCAGGUAUAACUGGUUAAGGUUUGAUUUCAGAGGCCCUAAAGAAAACUGACUAAUGGCUUAAGCUAUCAUUUUAGAAACGUACUUCUGAGAUAAAUAUGUUAUAGAGACUACAGUCAACACUAUGAAUAUCUCGAUCUAUUAUAUUUAUUAUUUGUUUAAUAAACAAACAGCACUAAAAGAGGCACUAAUACCUUCUGGCUUCAAAAUGUUGAUUUUGAAACUAAUUAAUGGAGUUAAUGAGGUUUUAAUUGUGUCUUUUGGGACUUACAGUGUUGAGAGUUUUAGCUUGAAUCCCAGCUGGUUUUAGGUUAAAGCUAAACAUUCACCUUUUACCUGGUCUGGUACCUCAAAUGAAAGACUGUGUUCAUUUGCUUUAAUUAAUGUGAUUUUAUUUUUCUUAAAAAAAAAAGCUUGUUUGUUUCAACUUUAAUUUGUUGAAUUUUGUGAAUAUAACACUCCAUGUUUUGUUUUCACUUGUUUAUUAUGCUCAUGUUACACUUUUAAAACUCUGGGAAAAAAAAAAAACACUCAGAUAUUUUUUUCCAACUUUUUAAGAACAGAAAAAUGAACCAUGAAGGAUUCUUGAAGUGACUUUUAUGUUUGCAUUUUUCCCAGAUAGUUUGAGCUCAGCUCAGUAUUUUUCUUGCAUAAUGCAGCAUUCUCUAUAAACACAAGUUAUCUCGUGAAGCGUUUUCUUUUUGUUCAUCAACAUUUGAUGCAAAUCUGCUCCUGAAGGACUAAAUCAAAUUUCAGCAUAAGCUAUUUUAUUGCAGAUUGUGUUUUUUUAAUGCUGCUUGAAUGUAGACAUUUGAAAAACUGAAUUAAAGCCCUCUUUGAAAUUAAAA